AUGUGCCCCGUAUCCGAGCUUGUGAUUGACAGAAUGGCCAGAUUAUUGACCGUCGGACUGGCCUUCAGGGCCUAUUCCGUCACCGGAAACUGGGACGAAGCCAACUGGACUUGGCUUUCAGUGCCGAGGAAUGCGAGGAAGACUCAGACACCCCAUGGAUUGCAUAACACUGCAACCUCGGUAAACUACCACUUGUUGGUACCCCUACCCCCUCUUGUGGGUAGUGAUGGCAUCACCCACAUUUGUCGCAUCGUCACGACAAUGCAAAGCUCUGAUACCGGUUGCUCUCCCGUCCCUUACCUGCUCAUCGACCUGGACAUGCAAUGCGUUGACAGCCCAUCAACUCGCUCUAAACGGGCAUGUGCAGUCUUCGCUUGUAGGACAGGCUGA